AAAACAAAAAAAUUCAGUUCAUUUUUUGUCUUUGAUAAGUGUCAAUUGCAGUUGUCCGAGAAUAUUAAUAUUUGUAGAGCAAGAAAAUGGCUGAAAUUUCAUCCCCACCAGCAUGUCAAACAAUGGUUAUGAAAGUAUAUGAAAGCAUUAUAAACCAUACAAUUGAUAGUUGUUAUAAUCUAUACGCUGACGAUGGAUUGGAUAAAACAAUUUUAGAUGAAUUGAAACAUAUUUGGUUAAAUAAACUAAAGCAAAGUCCAGCAUUAAACUUAUCUUUUGAUAAAUCAAAUACAAAUCAAGUAACUGUCACAACUGAUCAGCAAUUUCUGCAUUCAUUACAACAACAACAACAACGUAACAAUCAAUCAACAACAUCCAACAUAAAAAAUGAUCGUACCCAAUUUACUCAAAACCAUCAACAAGCAACCUGUUCAACUUCAAUGGUUGUACCAUUAACUCGCCAGUCAAUUUCAAAUAUCUCCAUAAUGCAACAACAACAACAGCAGAAUCGUGCAACAAACAUUUCAACAACAAUGUCACAAAUACCACGAAUGAAUUCUAAUAAUGUUGUAUUGUUGACACCACAACAGCAACAGCGAAUAUUGGCUGCCACAGCAUCCUCAUCCACAACAACCAAUGCAACUAAUCAAACUGGUUCAGGCGGAGGAGGUACAAUUUUAAUAUCAAAUGGUUCAGAUCCUGCACGUGUUGUUGCUGUACAAAUAAUGUUACCUGGUAAUCGUAUUGUACACAUUCAAGUGCCACAAAUAAUAUUAGCAGAGAAACGAUUACAAGGUAUUUUAACUGGCACUGUAAUUCAGUCAACAAUGGGAAUGACUGCUGUACAAGCCAGCAAUUAUUUACAACAACAUAUUAAUUCAUCCUAUCAGAAUCAAGUUCGUUCGAUGGUCUUAACACGUAUUAUAAAUCAACUUGAUGGACAAUUUGGUGAUUCAGAUAGUGAAUCGAAUUCAUUCCAAUUGAAAAAGAUCAAGAAAGAAAAAAAACUUAAACAUAAAGAUUUAUUACAUAAACGUUUACAAGAACAAGAUGAUGAUUUAAAUGGUACUGAGGAUGAUGAUUAUGAUUUAACAUCAUCCCCUUCAGAAUCUGAUUUGUCCGAUGAUACAAAUGAAAACGAUGAGAAUAAUGAUUCUGGUGAAAGCAUAAUUGGUAUUGAAGAGUCAUUAAAUUCUGAUGAUGAUAUAUCUGAUGAAGAAUGCGAAGAUAUUUUUGAAACAGAAAAUGUGAUCGUCUGCCAAUAUGAGAAAGUUAUACGGAAUCGUAAUAAAUGGCGUUUUACGUUUAAAGAUGGUAUCAUGAAUAUUUUGGGCAAAGAUUAUGUAUUUAAUCGUACAUUUGGUUGGGGAGAUUGGUAG